GCACUGUGCCCGCGCAUAUACACAGAGCUCAGCGUGCUGUCUUAAAGUGCAGGCCCCAAUGUUGAUUUGUGUUCAAAAUAUAAAGCCGUUGGCUCUCGGUCGAUUGUGUAGUCCAUAUCGACUAUUAUUUUGCACUUUCUCACCUCCCACCAUCUUUGAUAAACUAUGUUCUCUUCAUAUGACCUUGAGUCUUCCCCGCAGGCGGGAUUUUCUGCAACUGACCUCAAAAACACGGAGAAGUUACUCCCAGGCCAAAAAAUCCAGGUACGACCACGAAGCCGCAUUGUUACGUUGGGCAAUCGGUAUAUUUCCUUCCUGGGCCUUAUUGCCCCCACAAUUGUCAGCAGUCUCCUUCUAGCUGCAGACCAACACCACGUCUCUAUCUCUGGCGGCGCCUUCUACGAUUCAAUCAUUCAAAAUCGGGCUUCAGCCCAAAUUGGAGUUCACAUCCUUGCUGGUGGACUUGGCUUGAUACAAGUGGCAGCAAUUUGGCGCCUUUGCAAUUAUGCCACUCGAUUACGCCUGAUCAAAAGGUCAAUUCCUCGUGAUUUAUUGAACUUCUGGAAUGAAUUCAGCCUGUCUUCAAUGCGUUGGGAGUUAUGCUGCGCUCACUUCCUUCUCAUAUUGCUUUUUGCGUUUGCAUGCGCUGUUCCAUGCCCCUUGUGGGCUGGUGCAAUUACUCCAGUGGACACCCAUUCUUCUCGGCCGGCAUCUAUCCUGAUUCCUCAGUACUCGAACAUGAACUCGGUCCGUGAAUGGCCGUCAGAGAUCAAUUCAUCGGGUCCUACUCUACGGAGUGAUAAAGGGUUCUUUACUUACUCCCCUGCUAUGGCAUAUCAAGGCCUUCUUUCACAAUCUAUUUCUACCGCCACAACCAUGGAUGGCUCAGCACGUCAACAUGGGAAGUAUGACAAUUCGAAGUUUGUAUAUAUCGGGCGCUCAUUUGGUGUUGGGGCAUCAGUAGGCCUCGCAGAUGAUCGCAUCUUUGGUAAAUCCAUUUCCACUGGUUACACAUUCCAAGAAGUUGGCUACACAGCUGAGACAAGUUGUAUGUACAACCAAAGUGCCGACUUUAAACUGGUGAACGAUGGGGUACAACUUUUCGCUGCUCGAGGUUUCCUACCUGACAGCGCAUCCGCGGAAUUUUCUGUUUACUUGGGCCAUACGUCAAAUUCUAUCGUUGCUUUUGGGGUUUCUGCAGAUAACACUGGUUAUAAUCCAAGGUAUCUUGGAAUUGCAGCGGGCAGCGACUAUGGAAAUCUCAACAUGGCUCAAUGCAGAACUCAGUUCAAGCCAACACUCUUCGAUGUCUCCGUUGCUCUUGGAGAUAAGACCAUCACUGUUACGGCAAAUAAUGCCCCUGCGGUCGAUAUUGAACCUUCAGGAACUCUGACACAUGUUCUUGAAAGACAAUUUGAGCUUUCUUCUAAUGAUAUGUCAAACAUCUAUCAAGUAAGAUUUCCUCCCGUUCUCCAAUAACACUACAUCAAUGUACUGACAGUCUUUCCUCAGAGCGUUAUAGGAAACGCACUCAACUUCAGCAUCGCCGACUAUCGUGCGUACGUCAGUAGCUCACAUUAUACUGGCAGUCCACUACAUGAGCUAGAUAUCAAUCUUGGGGGAAUCCAAAACUCCGUGACGGCAAUGAUAGAUGAUCUUCUCGUCUCAUAUGCCAGUGCACAAUUAAUGAUUGCUAACGAUACCAAGACGGUCGAUGUUGCCGUCACCGUCGCCGCUGUUCGAUUUGGUCAGCCCGUAUAUAUUUAUUUGGUAUUCGGUUUCAAUCUUUUCCUUGUGCUUAGUGCUGCUACCUAUCAACCAGAAGAAAGGGAAGAAGAAGAUGAUGGUUAUUCACGACUCAUUUUUGAUUCCACAAGCAUGGGAGUGGAGGGAAUGGAGAGUUGAACCUUUGCCUGCACAUGUUAAAAGACAAUUUUUGUAUGUUAUUUCUGCUAGUUAAUACUGGGUAUUUGUAAUGUAGGAUGAAUGUAUAUUAUGGUUUUCCGUUCGUCACAAGUUUAACCAUGUCGUUUACCAAUAUGCAGAGAGUAGCAUUAUCAUCUGACCUUAUCAUUAAAAA